UUUCAGAACCAAAACUACUAAAAAGAAGAAAAGAAACAAGAACGACCCGGAAAAAAUGGUUUCGUUCCGAUUCCCCUUUUCAUUUCCACAACCCGGUAACCAACCCAACGUCAUUUCCAAGGCCGCCGCCACCUCCCGCUCCCACUCCUUCUCUGCCGUCGCUUGCUCCGUCGCAGCCGGUGCCGCCACAUUCGCCGCAAUCUCCUACUCGAAGAACUCUAGAGGCGGUGAGCCCUCUGUGGUCGAAAAUGCUCUUAAUUCGCUCCUCUCCGUUCGCUCCUCGCUGCCGUGGGCCUCCCUCGCCCUUGCCGACGGCCCGGCUUCCGUCGUCGAAUCCAAGACCGGCGAGUCGUUCCCUUGCGUGAUUUCGGGCAGCCGGAAGCUUUUGGGCAUUGGGUUGAGGAGAAAGAGCCUAUUGGGGUUGAAGAGCAUCGAUGUUUACGCAUUUGGCGUGUACGCUGAUAAAGAUGAAGUGAGGAUAUCUCUUGGUGACAAGAGUGGAAAACUUUCUGCUGCCGAACUCAAACAGGAACUUCUAGAGGCGGAUAUAAGUUUGACCGUUAGACUUCAGAUAGUGUAUGGUAAGCUAAGCAUUCGUUCUGUUCGAAAUGCUUUCGAGGAUUCAGUUGGCAGCAGGCUGCAAAAGUUCGGUGGAACGGAUAACAAGGAGUUGCUUCAGAGGUUCACUUCCCAGUUCAAGGAUGAGUAUAAAAUACCACGGGGUUCUGUAAUAGAACUCUCAAGGGAACGAGGCCAUGUUCUUCGUACGACAAUUGAGGGAAAGGACGUAGGGAGUAUUGAGAGCAAGGCCCUGUGUCGCUCCAUCUUAGAUCUAUACAUUGGUGAAGAACCAUUUGACAAACAGGCGAAAGAAGAGAUCGAGAAUAACCUGGCGUCUUUCCUGCAAAAGUAGAAUAUUGUCCAGAGUGGAUCACAGUUGAGUUGAGGCUAUCUAAAAUUCAGAGUUCAUGUUUUUACAGUUUUUAGCGUUGCAAUUUCUAUGUUACAGCUCGAACGCGCUGUGUGAAUUGCAGGUGAUUGGAGUAGAGAAUACUAAAAGCAUAUAUUUUCCUGUCUUUUGUCUGAGUCCAAGCCUAACGAAACUAUGUCGAGCAAAGGCUUUAGACUUUUGAUUGAUAACUGCAAAACAAGGGGGGAAAUGCCACUUGUGACAUGACAGUUCAGUUUUCUCUGGAUUCCCAGGGUUCCCAACGGCACUGGAGAUAGACAAAGGUUAUAAAUUGUUUGGUAAUAUCAGCACUAAUUAGGGUUUGUCAGUUAAGAGCAUCUCCAUCAAU